AGGCCAUUUCUGCAUCCAUUGCACCAUGUCUUCAAAAUAUGAGGAACGAAAAGUUGCCAGAGAAAAUGAGUUGAAAGAAGAACGCGACAAAAUAAAUAGACAAGUUCAACAAAAAUCUGCCGGUCUGCAUGCUGCCCAUGAAAGAGAAUUAGACGAGACGAGAGAAAAAUUGAAGAAAGGUGCGGAGGAAAAGAAAAAGGAAAUCUUGAACCAAAGAGCAAAACAAAUCGAAGAAAUGGAAGCAUUGCAAGAACGCCUCAAUGCUAUUACCAGAGAGAAGUUGAAUGUUCGAAAUGAUUCAAACAAAAUGGAAGUUGAGAAGAGAAAAUUUGAGCUUGAGAAGCUACAAAAAGAACUUGAAGAAAAACUUCAAAUUCGUCGUCAGCAACUGAAUGAUUCGGCAGAAAUCAUUAAGAACGGGGAAAAGAUUCGGCAAGAAAUGUGCAACAAAAUCAGAGAAGAAAGGAACGCGGAACAAAAGAAGUUUAAUGAAGAAGUUUUGAAAUUGAAUCAAGGGAUUCACGAAAUCAAGAUAAACCAAGAAGAAAAACUUCAAAAAAUGGAUGAAAAACGAAUUGAGGAACAGAAGAAGCGAUUGGAGAAGAUAGAGAAUAGGGCCUUCUCAGGAAUUGCUAAUUCGGCACAGUUGAUGACAAGUCUAGCAAUUGAGGAUAACUUCGAACAAUUUCGUCAACAUUGCAGAAAUCUUAUCAACCGCCACAGAGCCUUUUGCAAUUCAUACAAUUCUAUUGAAGCACAGCUUAUGAAUAUUGACAAUCGUAUGAAAGCUGGAAGACCGCUUAUAGACUUUGAUAUGGAAGAUCUUUUGAGUGAUCUCAGAAUGUUCAGAAUUUGUGCUUCUGAAUUUAAUGCAGGUGGAUCUACUGAUGAAGAGAGAUUCACUGGGCAUAUUGCUGACGUCAUUGCAAUAAUUGGAGAAUUGACUACUGAAAUCAAUACAAUUGAUUCAAAGAUUGGCGUUUUCGAAGAGGAGCCACUUGUCACUGAUCAAAAUGGGAUUUUGAAAGAAAUGAUCGCCAUUAGUGACAAAAUGAAAGAAAUCAGUAUCAAAAUCCAGCUGUUCAACGUCAUCAGCCGUGACCACAUUCAAGAGACAUUGGCUGAUCAAAUGAGAAUUGCUCAUUCUACUAGAAAUGGACGUAACGCUCUUGAAGGACCACCCGCCUAUGAAACCACAAAGAAGGUUAAGCCAGCAGCAAUCACCGAAAACUAAAUGUAUUCUCAAUAAUUAACUACUUUUGAAAUGUAAAGGUUUUGCUCACCUUUCUUACUUUCUUCUAUUCUAUGCAUUCUGCAUUCCAUUGUAAACAUUUUUCUUCUGACCUUCAGUUUAACAUCAUGAUAAUUUGUUUUAAAUUAAUUUAAAUGACAUUAAAUGAAUUGUUAUUCCAAUAAAUGAAUAUCAAAUC